AACCAAACUGUACACAAACUCUCCCUCUGUUUUCUUUUCUGAAGAAUAUAUAUAUAUAUAAUAUCAAAAGGUCUUCCUUCAGUUGCUUAAAACCAAAAUGGCAGUUUCAUCAUUUAGAAGCGGGCGUUUACCGUUGUUUCAUCACCCUCAAUUGCCUAAUAAAGCCGCUGCUUGUACAACAAGAUCGAUUGGUGGGUUUAAGAAGCCAAAUGGGCGUUUCAGUUCCAACCCCAAGUGCGGAAGGGCCCUCUUUCUUUUUGCCCAGUACUCUCAAUCAUCUCAAGCUCAAACACAGCAAGAUCGUUUCUCAUCUCGUCUCCAAAGUAGUCUUGAGAACUUACCCAAGCUGCUGGAGGAUAUCGUCCAGACAUCUAUAAGCACAGGUCCCCGAGGAGCCCUGAGGCUAGCUCAAGGUAUUCAAGCCUUUGUUGGUGUUGGUGGGGAAUGGCUUGCUGAUGUCUCUAGGUCCACAAAUGAACCUACUGGAAUACCAUCACAGUUGCAGCUGGGGUUGCUUUCACCACUUUACUUAAGGAAACUGUUUGAGCGUAUGGGUGCAACUUAUAUCAAAUUAGGUCAGUUCAUAGCAUCCGCACCAACACUAUUCCCACCAGAGUAUGUUGAGGAAUUUCAAAAAUGCUUUGACAGAGCUCCUGCAGUUCCUUUUGAAGAUAUUCAAGCAAUCUUGCGUGAAGAAUUAGGGAGACCAAUUGAUAGCAUAUAUGAAUAUAUUGAUCCAACACCAAUUGCCUCAGCUUCUAUAGCACAGGUACAUGGUGCAAGGCUUAAAGGCUCCCAAGAUGAUGUAGUUAUAAAGGUAUUGAAACCUGGAAUCAAGGACAUUUUGGUGGCAGACCUCAACUUCAUAUAUAUAGCAGCUCGAAUAUUGGAGUUCCUAAAUCCUGAUUUCAGCCGUGCUUCACUGGUUGGUAUUGUUAAAGAUAUACGGGAAUCCAUGCUUGAAGAAGUUGAUUUCAAUAAGGAGGCUACAAAUAUUGAAUCCUUCAGGAGAUAUCUCGAAGCCAUGGGAUUAACAAGGCAGGCAACAGCCCCGAGAGUGUAUAACUAUUGCAGCACGCGGCGAGUUUUGACUAUGGAGAGGCUUUAUGGAGUUCCUCUUACUGAUUUAGACUCUAUAAGCUCACUUGUCUCUAGCCCAGAGAAUAGUCUUAUAACUGCACUUAAUGUCUGGUUUGGAAGUUUACUUGCAUGUGAAACCUUCCAUGCUGAUGUGCAUGCAGGCAAUUUAUGGUUACUGCGUGAUGGCCGCAUUGGGUUUCUUGAUUUUGGUAUUGUUGGACGAAUAUCACCAAAGACAUGGGCUGCUAUGGAAGUUUUUUUGGCAUCUAUUGCAACUGAAGAGUACGAAUCAAUGGCAUCUGCCUUGAUUGAAAUGGGUGCAACCAAUCAGAAUAUUGAUGCCAAGGCCUUUGCAAGAGAUUUGGAAAAGAUAUUUUCAUCUAUACAGGAAAUUGAUACGGAGGUAGUUGUCGCCACUGCCCGAGGGACAAAUACAAAUGCAACUGCUGUCUCUGCAAAUAUAAUUGUUGAUGAGAGACAGAUGAAUGCACUUUUUCUUGAUGUGGUUCGGGUGAGUGAGUCAUAUGGACUGCGAUUUCCGAGGGAGUUUGCACUUCUAAUGAAACAACUUCUGUAUUUUGACCGUUAUACACGGUUGCUUGCCCCCGACAUGAACAUGCUUCAGGAUCAAAGGAUAACCAUUGUGUCUAAUAGAAGAAGCAACUAUAGGGACAACUUAAGAUAGAAAAUGCAAAUUAUAGAUGUAUAAGAUUUUGCUUAUUUUCUUUUCCCUUCUUUUAUGUAUAUGCAAGGAAAAAUGAAGGGGACUAAAUGUUAUGUUCAGUGCAACUUGUAGAGAAAGCUGAAAAGAACAAUAUUGCUUCUAUGAAAUAAUUACAGGUUGGACUAUAA